UUGCAAACAAAAAUAUGCUGGAGUUUCCCCCUGGGUGGAGAAGACUGGAAGGGAAAGGGAGAGAGUAGGAGGAGGAGGAGUGACAGAGGAAUUGAUGUGAAAACAGAGAUGAGACACUGAAGGCUUGGAGAGAACACUGAUGAGGACACCGUAGCUUAAAAACUCCAUCAUGGCCAGAGACAACUGCACCAACAUAGAUGACCUGCUGAAAUGCUAUUACCUGCCUGUAUCCUAUGGAAUUAUCUUCAUUGUGGGCCUGGUGGGAAAUAUCACAUCCAUUGGCAUUUACAUGACAAAGCUGCGUCCAUGGAAAAGCAGCAGCAUCAUCAUGGUAAACUUAGCGUUUACCGACCUCCUCUACGUCCUCAGCAUGCCAUUCCUGAUCUUCUACUACAGCAACGGGGAUUUAUGGACACUUGGAGCUUUCAUGUGCCACUUAGUGCGCUUUGGGUUUCAUUUAAACCUGUACGGGAGCAUCCUCUUCCUGACUUGUCUUGCAGUUUUUCGUUACAUCGUGGUGAUCAAACCUUUGAUGGCUGCACAGGUGCAGCAGAAGAUUUGGGGUAUUAUUGCAUGCUCAAUUGUGUGGAUCCUCGCUGCUGCCGAAAUCACACCUAUGCUGACGAUGAUAUCCCACAACGAAACCUGCGCGGACUUUGCUAGCGCCAUACCCUGGCCUCUGUGGUGGUAUAGCUGGUUGCUCACUGCAAUUGGGUUUCUACUCCCACUAGUGGUGGUAUUCAUGUGUUACAUCGGUAUAGUGAAAGAGUUGGCGAAAGGGCCCCACACAAACAGUCCAUGUCGAAUGCGAGCAAGGCGAGUAACCGUGCUGAUCCUGGUGGUGUUCGUAGUGUGUUUCCUUCCAUAUCACAUCUUGCGUGCAUGGAGGAUAGAAACUCGAAAGGCGGGAAAUGACACACGCAUAAUCGUGCAUGCUGCAUACAUUAUCUCCAGACCUCUAGCUGGAUUCAACACUUUUUUUAACCUAGCUUUAUACACUCUAUCGGGGGAUAAAUUCAGAAGGGCCUUUAUUAGCACUUUUUACUGGAAGUGCUGGCUGACCAAGGCCAGUUCAUUGAUCAAUCUGGCCAUCAUUAACAAGGCAGACAAUGACAUACCUGCUGUGUGACCGACUGUCUUCCAACACCUGACUCAUCUCUCUCUUAUUGACAUACUCUAGAGACUUUCUCAGACAUAAUGUCGGGAAAGCUGCACAAUAGCUGCGGUUUCUUCCGUGUACCUCCCCAAAGGCAAUUAGUAGUUUCAGUUUUUCUGAGGCAGAAACUGAAUUCCAACCACUGAAGUGUGAAUAUAAGUUAAUAAAUAUCAAGUGGUAAGUGCUUGUUAAGUUAGACCUUUGUCCUCAUCUUUUUUUCCUGUCUAGAAAUCACUUUUUUUUACUUUACUUGACAAAUAGUGUAAACACAAAUAAUUUAAGUGAUAGAAGGUUUGAGUUUAAUGUUUGUAAUAAGUGUAGUUGGGUUUCUAAUGCAUUAGUGUGAUAGUCAGAUAUCUAUUUUCCCCCUGUUAAAGUCUGAUUAAUGCAGAAACUCUGUUUUUCUUCAGAAAUUUGCCACAUACUUUACGAUUAAGAUUAAGAUUAAGAGAUUAAGAUUUCACACUCUGUAAAUCAUGAACACACACAGGCUGAAAUACACACACACACACAUGCACACAAACAGGAUCCUGUGGAC